AUAAUGUGCUGUACCCUUUAACCUUGGACUUCCUCUCGCAGUUAAUGGAAGAAAAUAAUGUGUUAAAACAGGUGCGAAUAGGCUCAAGCUGAAGCACAAUUGAAAAAUCUGCGCAAUACCACGCACACUUUGCAUGUAGUAUAUAAGGUUAAAAGACACUUUGCAAUGGUACGCUCUAAAUCCCACACACAUUCAUCUAGGUCGAGGUCUAGGUCUCAGUCGAGUUCCAGGUCGAGGUCCAGAUCACGCUCAAGAAAGAAGAGAUACAGUUCUAGGUCUCGCUCUCGGUCGUACUCCCGUUCCCGAAGUCGGGAGCGAAACUACCCGAGGGACUACCGACGAGACUACCGAAUGAACAGAGGGAUGAGGCGUCCCUACGGAUUCCGUACCAGGGGGCGGGGAUAUUACCCGGGAGGCGGUCGCUUCCAUCACCGCGGGGGGUUCAGGCCCAACUGGCACAACCGCCGCUACUCCCGCAGCCCCAGAAGGGGGCGCUCUCGCUCCAGAACCCCCAAACACAGGUCUGUGUCCCAGAGGUCACGUAGCAAGUCUCACCACUCGGGACGGUCGUCACCGUCCCGCCGCUCCUCCAGCUCCAGCUCCUCUUCUCACAGCCAUUCCCCUACAGCCUCCAAGCGGCGUGGCCCUCAAGACAAAGCGGGAAAGAAGACAGAGCUGGCUAAGGUAGACAGCCGACCAGUAGAGGUGGAGAAAGGGGAAGGCAGAAGUGAUGAGCAAGUGGUCAUGUCUCUGGCUAAAUCUGAGCUGAAGAGGCCGGCAGCCCUGAUCUCUGAGAGCUGGAUCGGCAUUUCGGCCUAUGACGACAACAGCCCUCAUCGUAGCCCCUCCCCCGUGCCCACCCCACCCAGUCAGAGGUCCUCCCGCUCUGACACAUUGGCUCAACAGUUGGCCUCCAAGAUCAGCCCACCAGCACAGCUCCCCAUUCACUCACGUCCCGUGCAGCGGAGCCCUGAGGCUGCUGCCUUGGGCCGCUACAGCCCCUCCCAUAGCCCCGCCCACAGCUCUCCUGGAAAGAGCCCUGGGAAGGUCUUCCCCAGCGCCACAAGCAGCAGGGGCUUCUUCUUCAACAGCGAUGAGCAGGAUCUCCCAAAAGUUGGGAAGUUUUUCAAAAGGUAUCUGGAUGAGGGUGAUGGCAGGAUGUUCCUUCAGGAGAAGGUGGCAAAUGUGCGGGAUGGCGAGCCACAGAAGGAGAGGGUGCAGGGGAAGGGUGAUUGGGAGAGUGUGGAGCUAGAAGUGGGGGUCAAAAAGAAAACAGAAAAAGUGCCCUUCCUUGGGGACUCCCCUGAGGUAGAGGAGGAGGAUGAAUCACAGGCUUAUAGACAACCGUAUCAGUUCAGACUAGCCAGUCAGACAGAGCCCACGAAGAAUUACCCUGUGGACUCGCACUGGAAUCUAGAGAGCCAGGAAGAGGGUAGCAAGUAUAAAACAAAGGCCUCCAAAGCCGGGAGAGAAUUUGACAGGUUUGGCGAAGACAGGACAUCCAAGUUUAAAGACCCUGGCUUUGUGCUAGACAGGCUGAACAAAGACAAGUACAUUGAGGAAGGAAAGGGAUUAGAGAAGAAUGAGGGGAGGCUGAUGGGAAAAAGGGAAGCGUUGUCGCCACUGCGGCUGAAAGCUGAUAGGCUGAGAGAGCUCAUUAACCAGGGUCCUUUGCUGCAGAAGACAGUGGACACGAGGGACAAGGGCACUCUCAGAGAUGAAAGUCCGCCCAGAGUCAAAAUGAUCCACAACGAGGGUCCCCGUCCCGAGGUGAAAAUGAAAAUGGCGCCUUUGUCUUUUGAAAACACCAGCCCAGGAACCUCUGUGACAAGUGACAGGUCGCUUGUAAGUGCCCUCGUCCAUUCAACCAAGAAGGAGCAGGGCUUCCGCGCCAUCUUUGACCAUAUUAAGAGGCCUCAGGCAUUCAAAAGCUCCGCUGAGUCCUAUAUUCACCAUGUUGUGGCCUUGGUCCACCAUGUCAGAGAACAUUACUUCAAGUCAACAGGAAUGUCCCUCCAUGAGCGCUUCACUGUCUAUCAGAAAGCUGCUGUGGAGAAUGAAGCCAGACACAAGAGCCCUGAGAUCCAUAGGAGGAUAGACAUCUCCCCUAGUGCUUUUAAGAAGGCAAGAAUCAUGAAAGAAGACUUCAAGGGCGACAAAAAAACGAGGUGCGAUUCAGCCGAUUUGCGGCACGAUAUCGACCGGAGGCGGAAGGAACGGAGCCGUGACCGGGAUGACACCAGGGGUUCCCGGGAGCCCAGUCCAUCCAGGAAGAUGGAGAAACUGGGAAAGGAAUUCAAGGAUUACAAAGACUACAAAUCUGUAAAGGAUGACAGCAAACACAAAACCAAGGAGAGAGAGCGCUCCAGGUCGUCAUCGGGGUCCUCACCGUCCCGAGAGGACAAGGACAGACGCAGGGUUCGAGAGGAAGACAGCAAGCCCCAUCAUGAACAGAAGGACUAUGCUGGCUAUCAGGGCGGUCCCCGGGCUAGAGGGACUUUUCAGUUCCGCAUCAGAGGUGGUCGAGGAAGGGGCCGUGGUGUAUUUACAGGUCCAAACCCUGGACCCAGUGCACCAAACAUCCCUUUCCAAAAGAGACCCAAAGAGGAGGAGUGGGACCCUGAGUACACACCCAAGAGCAGGAAGUAUUUCCUGCAUGACGACAGGGACGACGGCAUCGAUUACUGGGCUAAAAGAGGAAGGGGGCGUGGAGUUUUUCAGCGUGGCAGAGGAGGGAGGUUCCCCUUCAAAAAGUCCAGCAGCAGCCCGAAGUGGACCCACGAUAAGUAUCAGUGCGACGGCAACAUAGAGGAGGAUGACGAAGACAACGCAGAGACCGAAGAGACGAAGGACAAACACAAAGAAGAGAAAGUAGAGUGAGAAAGUGGCCAUUGUACAAACAAUGCCUUUAUUAGAUAUCCUUCAAGUGUUCUGUUGAGACUUACCUGCAACAAGGCAUCCUCCCUUUGAGGUCAUGCAAAAACUACAAAAUAAAUCAACUUUAGGUUUAAUUUGUUCUUAAUCUACUAUUAACACAAUAUGAUAGAUUUGUUUCUCUGAAAUUAAAAUUUGAUUAUGAAAUCAGUUGAUCUACAUGUAACCUGCAGUUCGCGGCAAGUGUAUUAUGUUAUAUCGAUUAGUUUUGCUUUGUCUCCCAUCAAAGGUUUCUCUGCUACUGCAGAUUUUUCAUUAAUUUAUGUAAAUGCAAUGCCUCUUGCUGAAGAGAACAUAGCACCAUUAGACAUCAAAAUCGAUCACGGUGUCAGCAAUUUAAAAAGCUCAGAUAAAAGUAAAACCGAAUUGGUGGUUGCGUGCUGCUUGUUAGAGGUAUCACUUUGUCAUUUGUGUUCCGUACUGGUACUAGACCCAGUGAGAUUAACAAAGUAAUAUUUCCCACUUGUGUUUGGCGUAUUGUGUUACAAAUAAGACACUUAGUGAUCUCUUCAGUAUUACCAGAUACUGUAUGUUGCAGUUGUU